AUGCCCCUUGAGGACAAGAGCAGUGAGCGGAUGAGGAAGUUCAAGAAUAAGGGCAAGGAUGCAGCUGCCCUGCGGAGGCAGAGAGUGGAGGUGAGCGUUGAGCUGCGAAAGGCCAAGAAGGAUGAGCAGAUCCUGAAGCGCAGGAGUGUGUUGAUCAGUUUGAUGGAGGAGAACCUUUCUCCAGAAGAACACAAGAAAAAUGAAAUAAUUCAGAUGUCCUUGGAGGAAAUCGUUGGAGCCGUGAAUGGGAGUGACACGGAGCUGCAGCUGCAGGCUGUACAGGCCACCAGGAGAAUGCUGUCCAGGCAGAAGGACCCCCCAAUCAAUCAGAUCAUCGAGCUAGGGAUUGUCCCCAGGCUGGUUGAAUUCCUGAGCCGUGCUGACAAUGCUUCUCUGCAGUUUGAGGCAGCCUGGGCCCUGACUAACAUUGCCUCUGGUACCUCUGACCACACCAAGGCUGUGGUGGAGGGAGGAGCCAUCCCAGCCCUUGUCUCCCUCCUGUCCUCCCCUCACAUGCACAUCAGUGAGCAGUCGGUGUGGGCACUGGGCAACAUUGCAGGUGAUGGUCCUCUCUACAGAGAUGCUAUUAUCAAUUGCCAUGCGGUCCCUCCCUUGCUGGCUCUGGUGUCACCUGUAAUUCCAGUUGGGUUCCUGAGGAACAUCACAUGGACACUAUCAAACCUCUGUAGGAACAAGAACCCCUGCCCUCCUCUGCAUGUGGUGAAAAAGAUACUGCCAGUGCUAAUCUACCUCCUGGAAUAUGAGGACAAGGAGAUAAUCUCUGACUCUUGCUGGGCUCUUUCCUACCUGACUGAUGGCUCCAAUGAUCGCAUCCAGAUUGUGGUGGAUACAGGGGUUCUCCCAAGGCUGGUGCAACUCAUGACCAGCCCAGAGUUGACUGUCAUGACUCCAGCCCUCCGUGCCAUUGGGAACGUAGUCACGGGAACUGAUGAGCAGACCCAGGCAGCGAUCGAUGCCGGUGUCUUGGCUGUGCUGCCCUGUCUCCUGCGACAUGUCAAGCCCACUGUACAGAAGGAAGCUGCCUGGGCACUCAGUAACAUUGCAGCAGGGCCUUGCAGGCAGAUCCAACAGCUCAUCACCUGUGGGUUACUGCCACCUUUGGUGGAGCUGCUUGAUAAGGGGGACUUCAGAGCACAGAAGGAGGCUGUAUGGGCAGUGGCCAACUUCACAACAGGAGGUACUAUAGAGCAGGUGGUGGAACUUGUCCAGUCUGGCAUCCUCAAACCUCUGCUCAACCUGCUCUCAUCUAAAGACAGCAAAACUAUUCUGAUCAUCCUUGAUACCAUUUCCAAUCUCUUCCUGGCAGCUGAGAAGCUGGGACAGACAAAUAAGUUGUGUCUGUUGGUGGAAGAACUUGAUGGUCUGGAGAAAAUUGAAGCCUUGCAAACCCAUGAGAACAACAUGGUCUACCGAGCUGCACUGAAUAUCAUAGAGAAAUACUUCUCUGGUGAGGAAAAUCCAGAUCUGCAGCCUGGGACUGGCCAAGAUGGGCUAUAUGAUUUUUCAGUGGAGAAGCAAGACUUUGACUUCUGA